AUGAGAUCAUUUGCGCCAUGGAGCCUCGUGGCUGCUACAUUGACUUUAUGUGUCGCGGAACCGAUCGCAAAGCCUGAAGCUAUACCGCAGCAGAUUUCGAACAAUGCGCCAUUCUCUGGCGCUGUGUACAUUGUAAAUCCAGACGGACAGCAAGUCGUAGCGCAAGAUGCCAAUUUUUGUCCUUCGUCAGCUUCAGUAAGCUGCAGCAAUGUCAACCAACCGAGCUGGUGCUGUCCAUCGGGCUACACAUGCGCCGUUCCUGGCAACUCGAACGGAUUGAUCGGCUGCUGCCCAAGCGGAAACCAAUGCGGAGGCGCAGUAAACGUCGCACAGGUCACGACCGUGACCGUAUACCCCCAGCAGCAAACGGCUGUCGUGUACGCUCAACCACCUCCUCAAACGACCGUAUACCACAACCCAGACCAGGUACAAGGCGGCUUCUGCGCUACAAUUACGAUGGAUGGGCCUGAUCUACCCAGAGCGGAGCAAGGAGGAUGCGGCACAAUAUUGAUCGUUGCGGGAGCACCGAGUCUGCAAGUACUGGGCGUGGGUGCCGGCGCAGUUGCGCUGUUUCUGCAUCUAGCGCUCGGCAGGAUGUUCAAUGGCGCGUUAUGA